CACCUAUCGUACUUCAUGUAUCGUAUCAUGUUUGUACAAUCAUCUCUGACUUACACAACGUCCUUAUUAUUCCUCUUCAGUCACCACCAUGGCCAAAGACAAACGCUCCAAGGCGCCCGGCCCGCCGCAGUCUACAACAACCACGACGACGAAGCCUCUCACCACAACGGCUCCCUCAUGGCCACCAUUCAAACCUUCGCUGCCCGUGGCCGACCUCGCGCUCGAGCCGCUCGUCGAGGACAAGGUGGUCGUCGUCCGAUCAUUCUUCCCCCGCUCCCUCUGCCGGGAUUACAUUUCGUUUCUCCGAGAUCUCCCGCUCGCCACCACGCCGGGAAAGCCCAAGCGCGGCGAGGCCGUGCGGGUCAAUGACCGCCUCCAGUUGGACGAUGCCGGGUUUGCCAACCGGUUAUGGGCUGAGACGGGGCUGAAGGAGGUUCUUUUGAGUGAAGACGUCUCUCAUUUGUGGGGCGGGGAGGUUGUGGGGCUCAAUCCCAACAUCCGCAUCUACCGUUACCGUCCGGGGCAGUUCUUCGACGCACAUUAUGACGACUCAAACAAUGUGACCGUCCCGACCGGGACAGGAUCACAAGUCUCGGCUCGGACAACCUGGACCCUGCUGCUUUACCUGACUUCUUCCGCCGACGGCUGCAUCGGCGGCGAAACAGUCUUCUACCCGCACGAUAGGCGCUCAGUCAAGGAGGAGAUCGCCGUAAGCCUCGAGACAGGCAUGCUGCUUCUACACAAGCACGGCCGCGACUGUAUGCUGCAUGAAGGAAGGGAGGUGACGGCUGGGGAGAAAUGGGUGAUCCGGACGGACCUCUGCAUCAAGUGGUGAUCAUCACCCUCACGGAGGGCAGUUUCGGGCCCACGGAUGGGACGGAAACCGUGACUAAAUUCAUCGAUUCUCAAUGGUAGCUACCUAGCAGAGGUCUCUGCGCUGAAAAGCGCUAAAUGCACAAGCACAAGACUUCCUCCGAUAUUGAGCCUGUUAAUGCCUCAAACUUCCAU